AAAAUGUAGCUAGCUUUUGUAAAUGACCUUUUUCUCGCUAAUCGACAGAAUAAAAGUAUCAGAGGGGAAAGGUUUUCACUGAAAAUUCUUCAAUUUUCAAAUAUCUCACUGACGAUUUUGCAAUCGGAAUAGGAAGGAGAAAUUGACGAUCGAGUCCAGUCAGGUUGUGCGCCGCAACACUUGCAUUUUCUACCUUAACACUUCGAGAUUUAUUAAAGUGAGGGUGUGGAGAUGGAGAAGACAAGCAAGUGGGAGUUAUUAGAAAUGGAUUGUUUGGUCAACAUUUUUGAGAGAGUGGACAUGGAUGAUAUAGUAUUUUCCCUGUCAUUGGUCUGCAAGUCUUGGUAUCAAGCUUCUCGACAACCCAGUUGUUGGAAAGAUUUAGAUUUUCAACAUUUUGAGCCAAUGGUUAUGCUCGCCUACAGAUUUCGGAGUUAAAAAGUUCUCAUCAAUGGGUCUUCUGAAUUUCUUACUAAAACUUAGUAAUGGAUCUUCUGUCAAAGUCAUACUUCCUGAUACAAUUGCAUACAAUGAGUUGGCUUACAUCUCAGAUAAGUGCCCAGCUUUGGAAUUCCUUGCUUUUCCUUCCCCAAGCAUACCCAAAGAUAUAGCUGACAAAAUCCCAAGCCUUGUGCAUAAAUGGAAGAACUUGGAACAUCUUCAUCUGGAAUAUUUACAAGGAGGUUUCCCAUUCCCGAAAAUCAUUGAGGAAAUAGGCCGACACCGUAAGAAUUUCAUUGGUAUUAGUGUAAAUGCUGGUACUAUUGAUGACGAAGUGGUUUCAGCAAUUGUUACCUGGCUCCCUAAGCUCAGGACGUUGGAUUUGAGUGGGGUUUUUGGCAUAUUAGACAUUGGUGUUACUCUAUCCAAGAAAAACUUGCUAAAGAUAUUGGAAGGCUGCAAAGAGCUGGAUGUCCUUGCAGUGAGAAAAUGCAUCCAACUUAAGAUUGAUGAUGAGAUACUGAAACAAGCUUCUCAUAUCAAGAACUUUAAGUAUGAAGUUAUGAAUGAAUAUUGUGAUUUUGGUUCGGAUUAUUAUGAUUAUGAUGAUUUCACCAACUACCUUGAAGGCGACUGGAAUGACUGGGUAGUUUAUUUAUCUGAGGCCUUGUGAUUGAAGGUUAUGCUACAGAGCCGUUUCCUAAUGUUUGGAUUUUUUGUAUGGAUAAAUUGGUUUUGUGGCUUUACAUGUCAUCUACACCGACUGUCAUAGUGUAAAUGUUUUAUACUUGUAAGAAUCACUUUUUGUUGGACAUUGAUGAACAAUCACCUCAUUUGGGUUUUUCA